CUCAAACCACAAAAGCUAAGAGAGACAACUUCUCUUUUCCUCUUCUUAACUCCUUUUGCUUUCCCUUUCUUUGUUUAAUUUCGCUGCUUGAGUUUCAUUCACCAGAAAGACAUGGCUGUGGAUUUUCCAAUCACAACAUAUUUCACGGCUAAUUUCAUUAUAGGCCGUUUGAUGUCCAUCAUAGGGAUAUCGAAGGCCUGGAAUAUUUCACCUAAGUUCCUAACCCUUGAAAUUGCUGGCAAGCUAUCCGUUAAUCCUUCAGCCAUUGAAUCAGCCUCUCAAGAUUUUGGUCACAUUGUGAAAGCCAUUCCUGAAGCAGUUCUUCACCCUUCAUCCGCCGAAGACAUUGCUACCCUUGUAAAAUUCAGCUACAACAGUUCGGUUCCCUUCAGCAUAGCAGCCAAAGGGCACGGCCAUUCUGUCAGGGGCCAGGCCAUGGCAAACAACGGGGUGGUGGUGGACAUGACAUCUAUGAAGAAUCAUCGAAACGGAAGCGGAAUCCGAAUCUCGAGUGACGGGUGUUGCGCAGAUGUUGGAGGCGAACAGCUUUGGAUUGAUGUGCUAAACGCCACAUUGGAACGUGGACUUGCACCCGUUUCCUGGACUGAUUAUUUGUACCUAACCGUAGGUGGGACACUCUCCAAUGCAGGAAUUAGUGGGCAAACCUUUCGAUAUGGUCCGCAGAUCAGUAAUGUUUAUGAAAUGGAUGUAAUAACAGGAAAAGCUGAUUUUCAUACUUGCUCCCCAAAGAAGAAUUCAGAGCUCUUUCAUGCUGUUCUGGGAGGUUUAGGUCAGUUUGGAAUAAUAACCAGGGCAAGAAUUCCACUUGAGCCAGCCCCAAAAAGGGUUAAGUGGGUACGAAUGUUGUACAAUGAUUUCUCUGCUUUUACUAGAGACCAAGAGCUUUUGAUCUCGAUAAAUGGAAGGAAAGACAAGAAUGCACUAGAUUAUUUGGAAGGUUCACUUAUGAUGGAUCAGGGUUCUCCUGACAACUGGAGAUCCUCCUUUUUCCCACCCGCAGAUCACCCCAAAAUAAUGUCCUUGAUAACCGAGCAUCGCAUCAUCUACUGUCUUGAAGUUGUCAAGCAUUAUGAUGAUCAAACCAAAAGCACAGUGGACAUGGAGCUGCAACAGCUUUUGAAAGGUUUGAGCUACAUGCCGGGACUCAUGUUCGAAAAAGAUGUCCUCUAUGCAGAAUUCUUGAAUAGAGUCCGAAGUGGAGAGCUGAAGCUUAAGUCACAAGGAUUAUGGGAUGUUCCCCAUCCAUGGUUGAAUCUUUUUAUACCCAAAUCUCAGAUAGCAGAUUUUAAUGAUGGUGUCUUCAAGGGCAUCGUCCUUGAACGAAACAUUACUACAGGACCUGUCCUCCUUUAUCCCAUGAACAGAAAAAAAUGGGAUGAUAGGAUGUCAGCUGUAAUACCAGACGAAGAUAUUUUCUACACAGUAGGAAUCUUGCAUUCUAGUGGGUUUAAUGAUUGGGAAGCCUUUGAUGAUCAAAAUAAGGAAAUAAUGCAUUUCUGUGGUAAGGCUGGUAUUGGGGUUAAGCAGUAUCUUCCUCAUUACACCGCCAAGGAAGAAUGGAUUCAGCACUUUGGCUCAAAAUGGAAGACUUUCCAACAGAGAAAACAUCAGUUUGAUCCCAAAAUGAUAUUGUCACCAGGACAAAGGAUUUUCAAUAACAAUUAAGUCCUAGUAUCUAUCUUUUUUGUUUUUGGUACUUUUAGGGUUAUUAGUAGUACAAAUAAUAUAUUCUUUUCCUGGGCUUUUUAGGGGGAAAGUUAGUAUAUAACUCUAUGAGUUGUGGUAUAUAUU